AUGUUUUCACGGGCUUCUACAGCUGUCAUCUUCCACGUGCCACGGAGUACAGAUAUCCAUACUGAGCUACUGAAGUACAAGAAAUACCGCAUCAAUUCCGCAAAUCUUGCCGCCUCUUGUCUUGAGCAAGAGCAAGUCCAGCAGCCAUCGUCCAGCUCGAAGAAUUCGCAACAUCCCAUAACUCUGGAACAGACUACAGUCGAGCACUUUGUUGCGUACGAGAAAUGCAUUCAGAAGGGAGAGAUCUCCUUGCUUUCAAUAAGGGAUGACUAUGGCCACCUGCUAGCAUGCUACUGGCUUGGUUCUUUAUUACAUGACUGGCGAUUUCAGGACGUCGUUGUCUCAAAGAUCCUAGCCAUGCUUCGAAGCAAAGACGGUCAUCAGUCUCAGUUCGUUCGCCUACUUACACAGACUGGCGUGCAGUUAUUCAUUGGACAGUGCGGAACAAAGUCAGGCCUCUUCAGAAUGACAGUCAGUGCAUAUGCACGCUUCGCUUCGUCGCACGAGAUCGACGUGCUGGCCUUGUCAAAGUACCCACCCGACUUCCUGCGACAUGUCUUGAAGGACCUGGCUUUGUUGAGAAAAACCCAGCACAGAGAUGGUAUGGUUCCAGAAGAGUUUGCGAUCGCGGACUGUUCCUAUCAUAAUCACGGAUUCUAUGGCCCUUGUGCUCUGCGUCAGAAUGGAGGAACACCUCAGGAUGGUGCCUAG